UUCCGUAGGCCAUGAAGAGGUGUUUCCAGAAUUGUGAGAGGAAACGAGGAUCACGGUCACUGAUGAUGUUCUCGGGGAGGCCGUGAUGGCGAGCAACAUGGUUGAAGAAGAGUGUGGCGACGUCUUUGGCACUGUGCGAGGUCGUGCAAGGGAUGAAGUGGGCACGUUUGGUCAAGCGGCAGACAAUGACGUAGAUGCAAUCAUGCCCACGGUCGGUCUUGGGGAGGCCGCACACGAAGUCCAUGGAGAUGGACUGCCACCGGAUGGAGGAGACGAUGGUGUUGUCAGUGCGGAUGGUGAAGUAUUGCCCGUCGAGGUACGGGCGCCAGACUGUGAGGGCGUGAAUCACGGCGAGGAGUUCCUUCUCGUUGGAGGGGUAAUUCAUCUCCGCGGGAAGGAGCUUCUUGCUUGCGAAGGCGGUAGGGUAUUCGCCAGGUGGAGCCUCGGGGUGAGUGGGCGAGUCCUAGAUGGGGGGGGUCUCGGCGGUGUCCCGGGGGAAAUGUUGGGACAGUACGGCUCCGAUGGCGAAGUCGGAGGCGUCAGUGGUGACAUAGAAAUGGCGAGUGGGGUCGACGAUCUUGAGGACAGGGGCCGUGGUGAUGGUUUGCUUGACGGAGACAAUAUGGCCGAGGUAUUCGACGCUCGAAGCGGCAAACGUACAUUUGCUGAGCUUGGCGUAGAAUUUUUGCUCUCGGAGGAUCGCGAGGACUUGACGGAGAUGCUGAAGGUGGGACUCGAAGGUGGGGCUGAAGACAAGGAUGUCAUCAAGGUAGAUGACGACACUGACUUCGAGGAGGUUGCGGAAGAUGUGGUUCAUGGUGGAUUGGAAGGUAGCGGGGGCAUUGGCGGUGUGCGGGAUGCGCCGGAUGAGGGAGGAGGUGGAGGGAACGGAACGAUGGUGGGGAUUGAAGGGUUGGUGGAUAUGGCGGUAGAGGUGGUAGGAGUGGAGGAGGUCGGCGGGGGGGUGUUGCUAGAGGCGGCUGUGGAGGUUGGAGUUGUUUGCACUAUGGAGGUUGGAGUAGUUUGCACUGUGGGGGUUGGAGUGGUUUGUGUGGUGGUGACGACCGUGAUGGGGGGGGUGGUCCCUUCGAGCGUGGUGACGCGGUCGCAUAAGGAUGACACGUUGGCCUUUAUGUUGUCGAGAGAGGCGGUGACGGAGUUGAGUGCGUGGAGGAUGGCAGAGAGGUCGGGGGUGGCGGUGUUUGCUGGUGGUUGUUCGCCGAAGAGGUUGCGGGCGAUGCUAUCGACUGAGUCGGUGCGGAUGUCAGACAUGUUGAUGGAGGAUGCGGCCAUGUCGGGGGAAGAGGGGGUGGAGGACGUGGCCUGAACGGGGGUGGAAGAUGCAGCAGCAGCGGUGGCGACGGCGGCGGCAGCACGUUGGGAGUUCUUGGUUUGGCGUGGUGGCAUGUG